AUGUCAGGUUGUACACGGAAGUUCGUCUGUUGGACAAUGCUAGAGGGCAUACGACUCUGGUAUUGGAGUAGGCUGGACCUUCAUUUGGCAGCACUGGAGCUGGAUCCCUCUUCUGCUCGCUCCUGGCUUGAUGCAGGAGUUGCUCUUUCCACCGAUGCGGAGGUGGAGUUCCAGGGUGCGCGCUGGUCACGGGAAGCUAUGCUACAGAGGGCAGAGGAGCUUGCUCCACGCAGCCCUGCGAGGAAGAAGGGCACUGUGCAGCCAAGGCAGCCUUUGAUGCCAUUGCCAUUGCAAUCGAUCAGCAGCGUCCGACGGCUUGUGUCAUCAUCUCUGGAGUUGCAGGAGAAGGCCUGCAGGCUCCAGCCACGCAGCGCCGGCCGGCGCCGCCGCCUUGCAGCUGCCCUGGGCGCCUGCGACGCCAUGGAAUCGCAGAAGCGACAUGGGCUGCAGUUGUCGCAUCUUGUUGAGGCCUUUCGGCUCGAUCCUUUCUGUGCGGACUCCUGCCACCAACUGGGUUUGCAGCUGCAGAUGACGGGAACCACAAUCUGUUUGGAUGGUCGCCACUGGUCGGCCGAGUCGUUGCUGGCCCGGGCUGUGGCGCUGCGUCCGCAG